AUGUUUGGGUGUAACAGUCACAGGUCCUGUUCACGUGACAAAUGCUUAAAACUGAUGCAUAUCACAUAUUACGUAUAUGUCGCCUGGUCCUCAGAAAAUCUGGACAUUUUCCAUAGCGCCCAGUAUAGUGUAACGGCUAUCACAUUACGCUCUUGCUGUGUAUGCCGGGGUUCGACUCCCCGCAGUGGAAUCGAUUUUUGUCGGGCUAGCGCUCGUGAUAUCUUUUUGGUAGACAGACUUCAGAAUGUAAAAAGCGUCUUGGACAGCUUCGAUGGUUCUUCACAGGGUUUCUUGAAGCUUGUCACGACACCUUUCCGAGCCAUGGCUAAGCGUAUUGCGGACGCGCAGAUAACAAGAGAGAGCUUGGCGACAGACGCUGACGACCAAGAAGUGGACUUGGAGCCUAGCAACGGCUUCAAGAAAGCGUCGAAUGAUGUAAUGCGCACACGCAGGAUAGCGCAACCCAGGAAGAAGAGACAGCUAGGGGCCGGCGCCGGGACCAGUGCUGAAUCCAGCAUGGCCAAUGCGUUUUCGUUUUCCGGCGGCCCAAGCUCAACAGCCGGAGCCGGCGCAAGCCGUGCUACCACCAGCGACGCAGCUCAAGGCGCACGUCGUAAGGCUCUCAACCUGCAGUUCCAGGCUAAGAUCGCACAGUUCAUCGCUGCGGACCCUUGUGCAGACCUUUCCAGCGUUUUUGCGCAGUACCAGAAGUACUUCCGCGACACACAGUCAGCCGAAAAGCCCGCCGCGCAGCCUGCCGCGGAAAUCGCUGCAAAACCCGCUGCGAAGCCUGCUGCGAAGCCCGCUGCUCCGGCCGCAAAGUCAGACUCUGAAAGCGACAGCGACGACGGCGACGUCAAAGUUCAGGGUCCUACGUUUACUCUGACCCAGAAGCCCACUACGACCAGUUCGGUAUUUAGCUUCGGGCCCAAGAAGCCUGCAAAGCGCGAUCCAUCUGACUCCGAGAGCGAAGUCGAGAUCAAAGGGCCCCAAUUUACAUUCCAGAAUAACGCGGCGUCCAAGCCUUCCGAUAGCGUCUUCAAAUUGAAGCCUGAAGCCACGGAAGCCGAUUCAAAGCCAUCUGAAACCUCGGAAAAGGCCAAAGGCCAGGCUCAGCCACAUCAACCAAAAUUCUCAUUUGGCGCUGAGAAAGCGACCAAGCCAGCUUUCACUUUCGGCAAGCCCGCCGCUGUCGAGGAUAAGCCUACACAGGAAAAGCCCGCAUUCUCGUUUUCCUUUGGUGCUAACAAGACCAGCGAUGACAGCUCCAAGACUGCAUCCGCCCUUGGCUCAUCCUCAGAGCCUUCGAAACCUGACACAGAGCAGAAGGCAGCACCAUUCUCGUUUUCCAAGAGCAGCGCCGCUCCCGCUCAAGAGGCAAAUCCUAAACCCUUCUCGUUCAGUCAACCCGCUGCUACUGCCAACAAACAAGAUGGCUCAGUGAAACCUUCUUUCACCUUCGGGCAACCAGCAGCUGACAAACCUAAACCUUCCUUCACGUUUGGGGCUCCAGGCAACGCCUCAGCCGCUUCAGGAGAGGCGCAAAAGGACGGUUCUGGCGAGAAGCCAAAGCCUUUUACAUUCGGUGCCUCGAGCAGCCCAGCUGCUCCAAGUUUCAGCUUCGGCAAGCCAGCAGCAGCAGCAGCGUCUAAGGAACCACCAUCCGGCGGGUUCAAAUUCAGUUUGCCCUUUUCUUCCAACACAUCUGCACCUGCGGCGGGACAAAACGCCUCGCAGUCAACUGAAGCCAACGGUUCUGAGCCUGCUGCAACAGAAAAGGCCGAGGCAGCACCUGAGACUAAACCAGAAGCAGCUUCAGAACCAAAGGCGGACACUGAGCAGGGUCAAGCCAUGGUCAUGUCUAAUGGUGAGGAGGCCGAGAAUUUGUUAUUUUCUAAGCGCGCCAAGCUGAUGGUAAUUAAUCCAGAGACCAAGGCUUAUGAGUCCCGUGGUGUCGGGGAGCUGAAGCUUCUUCAAAACAAAGACGACAAGGCAAAAGUUCGGAUCCUGUGCAGAUCAGAUGGUAUGGGCCACAUUCUUUUGAACACCAAGGUCGUUAAGAGCUUCCAGUAUACUCCAGCUGACGCAGAUAAAGAAAACUUUGUCAAGUGUCCCGUUGUCAACGCAGAUGGUAAGCUAGAAAACUACAUCAUAAGGGUAAAGCAGAAAGCCGACGGCCGUCAGCUGUGUAAAUCUAUAUCAGAUGCACAGGAAUCCAUGUAA